AACUAAGAACUAGGCCAAAAAUCCUUUUAGUUUAGUCCGAAUAGAACAAUCUGAUUUGGUUUGGUUUUUCAAUUUAGAGCGGAAAAUAAAGACAGUUUUGAAUAUUUGCUAUUUCUAGGUCAGAAAGAAAUUAAUUUUUGCAUAUACUUGUAGCAAAUUAGAUUUUUGAUUUCUUGGGGCAAAAGUGAAAGAACCCACUUUAUUAUAAAUCAUGCAUUCGGUUAGCGUAAGAAACAGUGUAGUAAUAAAGUAAAGAAGAAGAGAGGGAGACAAUGGAGUGCGUCUUUGGUCUCGUCGGCAAUGGCUUCGCCGUGGUCGCGGCGGACACUUCGGCGGUGCACAGCAUCCUUGUCCACAAAUCGAACGAGGACAAGAUCAUGAUCCUCGACUCCCACAAGCUCAUAGCCGCUAGCGGCGAGCCCGGUGACAGAGUUCAGUUCACGGAAUACAUACAGAAGAAUGUGGCUCUCUAUCAGUUCCGAAACGGCAUCCCUUUGACUACCGCGGCUGCUGCUAAUUUCACUCGAGGGGAGCUCGCCACUGCUUUGAGGAAGAAUCCAUACUUUGUGAACAUUCUUAUGGCUGGCUAUGACAAGGGGACUGGUCUUUCUCUCUACUACAUUGAUUAUAUUGCUACCCUUCACAAGGUUGACAAGGCAGCAUUCGGUUAUGGCUCCUAUUUUUCGCUCUCCAUGAUGGAUAGACACUACCACAGCGGCAUGUCACUAGAAGAAGCAAUCGAUUUAGUUGACAAAUGCAUAAUGGAGAUUCGGUCUAGGUUAGUUGUGGCACCACCAAACUUUGUGAUCAAGAUUGUCGAUAAAGAUGGAGCAAGAGAAUAUGCCUGGCGGGAAUCUGUCAAAGAUGUCCCAGCUCCUGCAAUCUGAGGUUUCUUUUGGAAUUUUACUUUUUUUCUUCCAAGGGUUGUCUGAUUUACUUGAACAAGACCAAUAUUAAACAUUAUAUUCAGCAGCUCAAAACCAGGUCAGCUGCACUUCUUUUCUUUUGAUAAACUACAUCACCUGCACUUACCUUUAACUUUUUUUAUUUGUUGAAUUUUCCAUUUGAUUUAGAAA